CGCACACCUUCUGCCCUCCUUCCUUUUCACACGCUCUUCUUCCCUUUGUCUGUCUCAAAACCAAACCAGAAAUCAGAUUAUAAAUUCAUUACAGCCGUCGACUCUUUCUUCCCCAAUUCAUCAUAGUUUCUCUCCUUCUCUUUCAUUUAUUCUUGGAGCCUCCUUCCUUCCUUCCUUCCUUCCAAGUGACUAUAACCUUAAAAAUUUGGCCUUUACUAACUUGGCGAUGGUGGGUGAGAGACAAACCUCGAUUUUACUCGAGCUGUCAGCAACUGACAAUCUCGACGGCUUCAAAACAGCAGUUGAAGUUCAGGGUUAUGAUGUAGAUGAGGCCAGUUUGUGGUACGGAAGAAGAAUCGGGUCGAUGAUGAUGGGUCUCGAAGAGAGGACUCCUCUCUUGAUUGCUUCCCUCUAUGGGAGCUUUCGCAUCUUGAAUUAUAUUCUCAAGACUUUGAAAGUCGAUGCCAAUAGGGCUUGUGGGUCUGAUGGAGCAACCGCCCUCCAUUUUGCGGCCGCCAGUGGGAUGGAUUCAUCCGCCGAGGUUGUUCAGCUCUUGAUCGACGCCAUGGCUGACGUCAACGCACUUGAUGUUAACGGUAACCGCCCGUGCGACUUGAUUCCUCCUCGGUUGAAGAGUUCGAACCAUUUGAAGAGGAAGAAAUUGGAGAUACUGUUGAAAAGGUAUCACAAUAAUAACGACGACGACGGCAGUGUAAUUGAAGAGGUUAAUGAGAAGGAAAAGGAGAAACCUCAAAUGGUUAAUAAAGAGUAUUCAAUUGACGUGCCCUUGCCGGAUAUUAACAUUGGUCUUUACAGCACAGAUGAAUUCAGGAUGUAUUCGUUUAAGGUGAAGCCAUGUUCGAGGGCCUACUCUCACGAUUGGACCGAGUGUCCUUUCGUUCACCCGGGGGAGAACGCUAGAAGACGCGAUCCAAGGAAGUACCAAUACACUUGCGUCCCUUGCCCUGAAUUCCGCAAAGGAAAUUGCCCCAAGAACGACAAUUGCGAGUACGCUCACGGCGUUUUCGAGUCUUGGCUUCACCCUGCCCAAUAUCGAACCAGGCUAUGCAAAGACGAGACGGGUUGUCUUCGUAAGGUCUGCUUUUUCGCUCACAAACACGAUGAGCUUCGUCCUUUGUACGCUUCGACCGGAUCGGCUCUCCCUUCGCCUAAAUCGCUCUCCACCGGUCCAAUCUCUUUGGAUAUGACACCGCCGAUGUCCCCCUUGGGUUCUUCCUCGUCAUGCACAUCAUCGCCCAUGUGGGCUAACAAACCCAACAUCACUCCUCCCCCGGCUUUGCAACUACCCGGAAGCAGAUUGAAAACCGCUCUUCACGCUCGAGACUUGGAGAUGGAGUUGGAACUCGAAUUACUCGGGUUGGAGAACCUCCGUAAUCAGAACCAAAGACAACAACAACAAUUGUUCGACGAGAUGUCCGGUCUUUCUUCUCCAUACGGUAGGAUGAACGAAUUGAAGCCUACUAAUCUCGAAGGGGUUUUCGGUUUAUCAUCUCCUAGGUUAUCAACAUCCACAACGCCCACAACCCAACUCCAAAUGAACUCUCUCCGAUCGAGCUACCCCGCCGCCAAUCACUCGUCUUCCCCUUACGGGUUCGAUUCCUCCUCCGGCGGUGCUAUGGCAGCGGCGGCCAUGAUGAAUUCGAGGUCGGCAUCUUUCGCAAAGAGAAGCCAGAGCUUCAUAGAUCGAGGAGCCGUGAACAGCAUGAGCCGUCCGGGGGUCAGCCUUGGGUUCACCGCGGCUGCUAAUUCAGCUGGGUUGUUUCCAUCAAAGCAGCAUAACAAUACAGAGUGGGGAUCUCCGGAUGGAAAAUUGGAGUGGGGAUUUAUGAAUAAGGGCGAGGAUAUGAACAAGCUGAAGAAGUCUGCUUCUUUUGGAUACAGAGGUGGGAUGAACAACAACAGGACGACAAUGGCGCCUUCAACGGUGAACGAACCGGACGUGUCUUGGGUUCAUUCGCUGGUGAAAGACGCUUCGGGCAAUGAAGCAGCAGCAGCUUCGGCGGGUUUGUAUAAUUCCACCAAGCAUGAACUCAUCCCUCCAUGGGUGGAACAAUUGUACAUAGAGCAGGAGCAGGUUUCUGCUUAAGCCAUUCAAUAAUUUUUUUAUUCUUUUCUUUUUAUUAUUAUUUUAAUUCAAAUUAGCCCUUAUAAGUCGGGCUGCCCCUCUGCCCUUAUAAGAUAUAGUAGAUUAUGUAAGGACAAAUGCAAGAAAAUUGACUGAGCUGAUUAUUAUUAUUAUUAUAUGUUGUUUAAUUAUUAUUAUUGAGAAAAGGAGAAGGAAAAAGACAAAUAAAAGUGGAAUUUGUGCUCA